CAACAGUCGCUCGAGGCGCUACUUGCAGUUAGAAGUUGUCAUUUCAGGAAAUUGUAAACAAUUUCCUGAGCGUGUGUUUAUCAUAUUUUCUACUGUUUUCCCUCUUCAUAUCCUAAUGCAGACAUGCAGCAUUACGAAAAGAAGAAGCGAGCUUGCGUGGUGCCAGUGUGCAAAGAUGAGCGUUUCGAUUUGGUGCACAAAUUGCCGAUGAACGCGGAGCGUGCUGAGGAGUGGAUCCUCAGAUUGGACAUCCCGGAUUUGCUGAAGCAUUCUGUGGAUGAGCUACGAAAGAGGAUCUUUGUGUGCUGUCGCCACUUCCGCAAGCAAGACUAUAAGAACGUAGAGUCGCGGUGUCUAAAUAAAACCGCUGUACCGUCGAUAAAUCUGAAGUUGCUGGAUAACUUCAAUGUGAUUGAUCCCUCCGUGAUGGUGCAAUCCAAGCCAGAGGUCGAGGAAGUGCAACAGACAAUGCAGAGCUUGGUCCAGAGAGUGCUGCCACCGGUGCAGAAGGCGAGGGCGCGACAGGAGUCCUCAUCGCCGGUGAAAGUCCUUAAUAUGGACAGAAAGAGGACGAAGGCUGAUGAGCUUGAGAAAAUCUUAGAAGCUAGUUACUCUGUGGAAUCUCCACCACCAAAAGCGGCGAAGGGUGACAAACAGAAUCACUACUUCAUCCUGCCUUGUGCUGAAGAACAGCCGCGAGCGAAAGUCACGCGGAAAGUGGACGACAGAGUGACUGAAGUACUGAAAAUGUAUGUGAAUCUACCAGAAGUGGAAGUCGUGGAAGCUCAGCCGGAUCCCAAUGAGUCUCCCAGCUUGAUCAUGUCCAGCGAGUGUCUCUCCGUGCCGUCACGCAAUCUCAAGCUCAACUACUUCUGGUUGAGGGAUCACUGCCGCUGCCUGGAGUGCUACAAUCACGAGACCAAGCAGCGGAGAUUCAGUGUUCUCACUUUGGCGCCAGAUGUGCGAGCGAAAUCUUGCCAAUUCAGCGAUGAAUCCCUGGAUGUUUCAUGGAGUGAUGGCCAUGAAUCUCAGUAUACCUGGGAUUUUAUCGAGGAACACUCUUAUGAGCUGAAGAGUCGCGAAUCAGGCAGAAUUCUCUGGGAUGCUGCGACUAUUGCGAAGAGUGACUACGCUCGUGUGUCGCUGGGAGACUUUAUGAGUGACGAUGAUGUUGCCAGGAGUGUGGUCGAAAGCCUGGUGUGUUUCGGUGUGGCGUUUGUGGACAAAGUGCCACCAAAUAUCUCGUGCACAGAACUGGCCAUCAAGCGUCUGUUUCCCGUCCACAAGACCUUCUUCGGCGAGAUGUGGUCAUUCCAGAGUGGCGUGAUGAAGGAGAGCGACACGGCAUACACGCACGAAGCGUUGGGCGCGCACACGGACAACACUUACUUCUGCGAUCCCGCAGGGUUGCAAGUUCUGCACUGCACGGAAUUUGAGGGUGACGGAGGAGAGUCGCUCCUUGUGGACGGCUUCAAGGUGGCCAGGGAUGUCAAGAGGAAGCACCCUGAGGUGUAUGAGAGACUGUGCUCGACUGAAAUUCCCUUUGAGUAUAUCGACGAGACGUAUCAUCACGCCUACACAGCGCCAGUGAUUAAGAAGGACAAGAUCAACGAUGCUGUAGAGCAAAUCAGAUUCAACCUCUACGAUCGGGCGCCGAUGAAUACGUUGCCUUAUGAGAAGAUUCAGCAAUUCUAUGAUGACAUUCGUACGAUGGCGCUGGAAGUGGCGUCAAAGCGAAACGAGUGGUGGUUCAAAUUGACGCCAGGCACCGUGAUGAUCUUCGACAAUUGGCGACUUCUUCACGGCAGGGCAUCGUUGACGGGAAAGCGAUCAAUGUGCGGAUGCUACAUCUCCCGAACGGACUUCAUGAGUGUCGCCAGGACAAUGAAGCUGGUGGAGUAGUGUACGGAUUGCCAGAGUAGCCAGAAGAUUAAGUACAAGAGUAAAUAUUUCAGUA